CUCCACCUCCACCGUCACACCACCGACACCACCGACACCACCGCGGCCACCGCCCUUCUCUUCCCGCCGACGACGCUCAUCUCACUCCGAUCGCCCUGUUCGCUUCGAUUUCUCCGCCUCCCAACGGACCUGCAGGCAGACCCCGACCCCUGCAGCGCGCCCCAUUUCCCGCGAAUCGAAGCCUUCUAUUCACCGGAUCACACGCAUCAUCGUAUCGCUCAGGUUUCCCAAGAAAGAGCUUGCUGGUCAAGACGUCGACGUUGUACAUCAUCACACCUCCUCACUCCCGCUGCUCGCUCGAGGCCGUCGUAGCGUGUCACAUUGGGGACAUUGCACACCACCCACGAGACCGACCGACCACAUCUCCUGCAUCUCGACACGGGUCAUAGAUACGCAUCUCUCCUACAACCCGACCGACGAGCCCAUGUCCUCGACACCGACGUGGUAGACCUUGAGGCCCGCUUUAAUACAUGUCUUCGCACCGGAUGUCUCGCCAACAGCCUUUGGCGGGUGUGAAAAUGCACAAUAUGCUACCCUUCCGACGGUUCUGCCUGAGCCUGGCUCUCAUGAGCGCAUCUCUUUCGACGACCAAUGCUCUAACGCAGAGCUACUGCUCGAGUGAGAACACUGGCGCUGAUUACUCUGCCAUUACCGAUAUUUACCAGUCCAAUGGCGCGUGUCAAACGACCUGUGCUGCGAAUUACGCUUUCGCUGUCGUCCAAUAUCAAAAAUGCUGGUGCUCCAACUAUAUUCCAUCUUCACAAGUCAGCGUCGGCGGCUGCAAUCAGGACUGUCCCGGCUUCCCCAGCGAGAAAUGCGGCAACACAGACGAAGGUCUUUUUGGAUAUAUCGCAUUGAACAAGCAACCUUUGGGAGUAGCUGGGGCCAGCAGCUCACUACAGUCUUCCACCUCAUCGUCUUCGACAGAAGAGCAAGAAACGAGUCUUCCGGCCACCUCCACAUCAUCAUCAUCAUCCUCAUCAUCAACUCCCUCUUCGACAUCGCAGAACACUCGAACUCAAACCCCGACUCCUGUGACUAAUAUCAUUAUGACCACGAUUUCGGGCGCCGUUGUCACACAAACCGUCACCUCAACGCCGGUCAUCGCGCCUGGCGCAAACGACAACAUUUCAGUUCAACGAAGCGAUGGACUCUCGGGUGGCGCCAUUGCUGGAACUGUCGUUGGUGUCCUGGCUGGUGUUGCAUUGGUUGCUGCGCUCAUUUUCCUCCUCUGUCGAAGGAAGAGGAACAACACUGCAACCGAGACCAGCGGGACAGCAGCUGGCUCCAGUCAUGGUUCGAAGAAGAAUAUGACUCGCAAUGUCAGUGUUCUUAGCAAGGCCGGCUUACUUUCUCGCGGUGCCACGCACAGCAUGACGGAGAGGGACGACGAGGCGUAUACAGCAACGACUGGUGGCAAUAGUGUGCGCCAUUCGAUGCUAUUCGGACCUAGUGGAGAAGGCGUUAGUCCCGUCAGCCCAUUGGGUAGCAGUCAUGGAGAAGCGAGCAGCGGCGGCCGUAGGCCUAGUAAGCCUAUGGUAUACGACCAAAGACUCAACCCAUCGGCUCUCUUCAUCAACCCGGAAUCGAAUGGCAGCCGGGUCUCGAUGCAGGAUACGCAGGACUACAGUCGACCAAUUCUGGGCGUCACCAAUCCCGACCCACGACCCAGCUUCGAGUCACGGAUGUGAGGUGCGAGUAGCGCUUCACGAUCAGGACUAUCAAAUACCUUCGCUUCGACGAAAACCACGCGAGAAAACAUGGCGUAUUAGCGAAAACCGGCGUUCUUUUUGGGAGGAUAAUACCCGCGUAUAUGGGCGGCUGGACUGGAGUCCUUCUUUGGUCUGGAGACGAGGGAUCGAAGGACCCACACAGGCGAUGGCCACAAUUUCCAUUCGACGCACACAAUUCUCUCUUUCUUCUUUUUAUCUCUCUAGCGGCGGCGGAGGAGUGCGCCUCGAUCACGUCUAGCUGCUGCCAGCGCGCUCGAUGUGGUCGGAUAUAACGGCCUGUACGAUGGGUGGAUGGACAUGCUCGGGAUCUUAUCCCUUUUGGAUUGGACGGAUUCGAGAUAAAUUCGGGACGGCGAGGAAUGAUACCGACCCGGUGCGGAACGUAAUUAUGCUUGUAUGGAAAUGUACAUGACAGCUCUCGGGUCUCUAUCUUCGUGUUUGGAGGAGGUGCAGGCUUCGGGCUCCUGGAUUAACGCUGUACCAUGCCAUCAAGU